AUGAAACUCUCUACACCCGUCUUGCUUUCCACUCUUCUGUCGCUAUCCAACGCAUUGGUCACUCCGCAGAAAUUCCUCGGAAUUUCACAGGACCUCCCAGAAACGUUCAUGGAUGGCAUCUUUGGGGAACUUGUCAACAGCGCUGAGGUGGUGUUUGCCAAGAAGGCCAUGCUAGCCUCCGGCGAAGUUGCUGCUCCUUCCAAGGCCAUCGAGUUCCCUGAUAAGAACGAUGUCUCAGAUAUAGUGGACAAUUUAGUUUCCUACUCGGGCAUUGUCUCCUUUGCUCACUUACCCGUGGAACAGUGCUUUGGCAACUACGACGAGAAGAUCGACAUCGCUAUUGUCGGCGCUCCAUUCGACUCUGGCGUGUCAUAUACUCCGGGAGCCAGAUUCGGUCCCAAUGGGGUCCGACAAGGCUCGAGAAGGUUACAAGGAGGAAUUUCUCCCAUCAGAGGGAACACUAAGAGUUCCAAGUUGUACAGACUACCUAUAUACGACACCGGCUUGCGUCUGGUCGAUUGUGGAGACGUUCCAAUGACCCCAUUCGACGCACGGGUUGCUCUCAACCAGCUCUACCGUGGCCACCAUGCCAUCCACAAGCAUAACACCACAGACAAAUCUGCAAACUUCAAGAAAACUAGAAUUAUCACGUUGGGAGGCGAUCACACUGUCUCCUUGAUGAACAUCAAGAGUGCCUACGAGACGUUUGUGGACGCAGACGACAACGACGGUUUGGCAAUCAUCCAUUUUGACUCUCACAUUGAUACCUGGGACCCUGAAGUUUUAGGAGGUGGGGUCACAAAGUAUGCAAGCUUGAACCAUGGCACUUUCUUGCACUAUGCAGCCGAAGCAGGGUACGUCUCCAAGGGCCACUCUGUGCAUGUUGGUAUUCGUGCACCAUACAUCGUUGCCGAAGAUGAGACUCACGACCACGAAUGCGGGUUCGAGACGAUUACUUCAAAGGAUGUUGAUAAAUUAACUCCUAGGGGAGUGGGCCAGAAAAUUAAAGAGAUUGUGGGAAACCGCCCUGUCUACUUGACCUUCGAUUUGGACACCUUCGACGCCAACAUGGUCAACUCGGGCACGCUUGAGGUUGGUGGUUUGAACACCAGAGAGGUGUUGACCAUUCUCGACGAAAUGGAAGGUAUCAACUUAGUCGGCUGCGACAUCGUAGAAGUGAGCACUCCGCCAAACUCUGUCGGCAACGACAUCACCGGCCUUUUGGCGGCACAGGUGAUUGACGAGUUCAUCGGCUUGAUGGUGGUCACCGAGAUCUAACAGAAGUAACAGAGGGUAAA